UCUCUCUCUCCCUCUCUCCCCCUCUCUCUGUCCCACUGUCCCUGUACCUUUGGGAACAGAGUUGUUCCUCGUUCCUCGGCCGGUCAUAGCACUGCAGACUGUCACCAUGAAGCUCCCGAUUCUUCUCCUGUUUAGCACACUUCUGCUCCACCAGACAUACACCUUCGAGUUUGUGAUUGAUGGCGAAUGGGACAGUGAGCUGACAAGUCAUGAUGCGGGUGAUUAUCCAAAUUCUGCUGACCUACACUUACGACCAAACUUUAGAAGACGGAGGGCCAUAUUGGUCAGCGAUGAGGAUUUCGAAGACUUUGAGGCCAUCAAAGGAAAUGACAUCACAGUUAAGAGUUAUAAAGUGGAGAGUCGCAUCACUUCCCGGUUCGCCCACACCACCGUCAAGAGCUCUGUGGUCAACACCGGCUCAACCGCACAGAGCAUCGGCUUCAAUGUCCAGAUCCCUAAACGAGCCUUCAUCACCAACUUUACCAUGAAUGUGAACGGCAUCACAUUUAUCGGUUCGGUGAAGGAGAAGACUGUGGCCAGAAACCUCUACUCCCAGGCCAGAGCCAGAGGCAAGGCAGCAGGCAUUGUCAGGGCUAACUCCCAGGACAUGGAGACGUUUAAGACGGAGGUGCACGUGCCCCCGGGCAGUAAGGUGCAGUUUGAGCUGCACUACCAGGAGAUGAUGCAGAGGAAGCUCGGGGUGUACCAACACACACUACACCUACAGCCGGGACGACUGGUGCCUCACCUGCAUGUAGACGUGUACAUCUUUGAGCCAAAGGGCAUCAGCAUGGUGGAGGUGCCCAACACGCUGGGGGAGCUGUUUACCGGCCUCACCACGGUAACCAAGUCCAAGGACAAGGCGCACGUGACCUUCAAGCCCACGCUGCAGCAGCAGAGGAAGUGCCACAACUGCACAGAGAGCGGCGUCGACGGAGUCUUCACCGUCAAGUACGACGUGGAGAGAGAAGGCAACGCCGGGGAGCUGCAGGUGUCUGAUGGUCACUUUGUACACUUCUUUGCACCACAAAACCUCUCGCCCCUGUCCAAGAACAUCGUGUUUGUUAUCGACGUCAGCGGGUCCAUGUGGGGUCUGAAGAUGAAACAGACAGUGGAGGCUAUGGAGGCCAUUCUUGAUGACCUGACCAUAGACGAUUACUUCAGUAUCGUCGACUUCAACCACAACGUCCGCUGCUGGAGUGAAGAGCUGGUCCCAGGAAGCUCCAUCCAGGUUGCGGAUGCCAAGAAGUACGUUCAGAGCAUCAAACCAAAUGGAGGCACAAACAUUAAUGAGGCCCUGCAGCGGGCGGUGCAGAUGCUGAUCAAAGCAUCCAAUCAGGGCCUGAUUGACCAGCGCUCCGUCUCCAUGAUCAUCCUGGUGUCUGACGGAGACCCCACUGUGGGAGAGAUCAAGCUGAGCAACAUCCAGAAGAACGUCAAGCGCAUCAUGCGGGAGGAGUUCUCUCUCUUCUCAUUGGGCAUUGGCUUCGACGUGGACUACGACUUCCUGGAGCGUAUCGCCAUGGACAACAGGGGCGUGGCUCAGAGAAUCUAUGCCAAUCACGAUGCUGCUGAACAACUGAGGACAUUCUACAGCCAAGUCUCCUCGCCGCUGCUCCGGCGGAUCACCAUCCAGUUCCCCGAGGGUUCCGUGUCGGACAUCACACAGAGCCACUUCGACAAGUUCUUCAGCGGCUCAGAGAUAGUGGUGGCAGGCAAGCUGCAGUCAACCGGGUUCCCCACUCUCCACAGCUUCACCACCGCCUCCGCUGCUACAAUGGACAUGACCCUGCAAACGGACACAGACAUUUCGGAGCUGGACGCUAUUCUCAACCAGCAGCAGCACUCUGUGACAGGCUUUGCUAGGCAGAUGUGGGCCUACAUCACCAUCAACCAGCUCCUGGCUGAGAGGGCCCUGGCCCCCACCGCAGCAAAGAAGCGCAAAAUCACGCAGCGCAUCCUGGGCCUGGCCGUAGAGCACCAGUUCGUUACGCCACUCACUGCUCUGCUCAUCGAGGGCGAGAACGAGAAGCUGCUUGCCGACUCACCCAAGGACCCCAAACACGGCUGCUGCUCAGGUGUGGGGUUUCAGGGUCUGCGUCCACCUCCUGUGCAGCAGCAGGUCUAUUCCAUUCCCAACUGGGUCCGGCCGACCCCGAUGUCCACCCCCAGCCCUGCCACGGGACACAUCACAGUAGUGGACAAUGACCCUCACUUCAUCAUCCACUUGCCCAAGCGCGACAUGGACGUGUGUUUCAACAUUGACUCCGAGCCUGGCGACAUCCUCAACCUGGUGUCCGACCCAGGGGCAGGUGUGGUGAUCAACGGCAUGUUGAUCGGUUCUAAGACGCUGCAGAACAACAAGCUGAAGACGUACUUCGGCGCCAUCGGCGUGUUCUACAGGCCCGAGGGCGUGCGGGUCACCGUGAGAACCGACCGCAUCGAUGUUGUGGAGGGGAAGGACAACAACUCAUUCUCCUGGGGAAGCACUGUGGACAUCACCAUCAACGGGGUUAAAAUCUCCAUUGAAAAGGACUCUAAGGUCAGUGUGGUGGUCAAUGGACGCAUCACGGCGAUGGUGCUCCUACACCGGGUGUGGAAGAAGCAUCCGGUGAACGUGGACUUCCUGGGCUUCUACUCACCCAACGACAACCAGUAUUCGGAGCAGGUCCAUGGACUCAUCGGUCAGUUUGCCAAUGAGCCCGAGGUGAAGGUUUCCAACAUCCGUGAUGGUCCUGACCCCAAGAAGAAGGAGGCCACCAUGGAUGUAAAGGGCAACAAGCUGGCUGUCACCAGGGGCUGGCAGAAGGACUACAGAGAGGAUAAGAAGAGGGGCACAGACGUCUACUGCUGGUUCGUCCACAACAGUGGAAAGGGCUUCAUUGACGGCCACUUCAGCAACUACAUCGUCCCCUCACUGGACAGCUUCCUUCCUGAGCUCUGAUUGGCUGAAGUGUGCGAAUGAAGAAAGGUGAUUGGGUGUUCAUGUGGCAGGCCAAUGUCAUACGGUCAGGAUCUGCGCAGGAUUGUGGGACUUGGAGUUCAGAAAGUAAAAAUCCACCACAGACUGACUUAAUAAAAUGCACACUGCUUU